AUGACCGCGCAACCAGUAAAGAUAGAGCUCCCAGGAUAUGGCCUGCCGUUGAACUACGAGCCUAAAAUCGAGAGACUACCCAAUGCACUAGAUGGCAAGGACAUCUACGACGGGUACAUUGGCAACCUCCUAGUCCAUCGCGAGAUCCUCAUGCUGCAGAUCAUGAACACCAUCUCCGAGAAACCCGACUGGGACCGCAAGGUAUUCGACGACGAAAUCAUCGCCAAAUGGCGCCAAGAGAUUUCCGAAUCCGGUCAAGACGUGACGCCAACCAUGAUCGAUUUCAUUCUCGCCGAGAUGAGGUUCAAAGCCAAGAUUCACCAAGAGGAAGGCACCUUCACCGUCUUUGACCAUGUGGGAGUCGUACGCUCGGAUACCGCGAUCCCCCAGGAUCUCCAACAGGCGUUGCGCCAGGCGGUGGCUCCGUUGGAAGACCUCCCCCUCGAAGACAGGGACUACCAUCCGGGCUCGGACAACAAGGUCCGGGAUCUGGUGCAUCCCUCCCUGUUCCCUCUCGUGUACGGCCGCACGCGCAUCUUGCCGGACCGCAUCUUGACCGUGGACGACUGCCUCGCGUCUUCCGGUGUGGGCGACGUGCUUCCCGUGCCGGACGACGAAGGCUCGCAACAACCCCUUCCGAAAUGGAGGCGGUUUGGGAUCCCCCACAAGGUCUAUAGCCAGAAGUUUCAAUGGCUGCCGUGCGACGUGGAAUUCGCAGGGGAGGACGACUGUCGCAUCGUCUCGUACAUCAACAACCUCCACCCACGGCACCAUCAGCGCCUGUACGGGCUCAUCGAGCAGGUGAUUGCCCGCGCCAUCCCACAGUGGAACAAGAGCUUGACGCGCACCCGUCGAUUCAACAAUGCGCGCAUUCGCUACAGUCAGGUGGAAUAUCUCGAGACACCGGACGCAGCGCCCGAGCCGGAGUGGGAAUCCGAGAGGGAGGAUGAAGAGGGGUAUGAAGAUGAUUACUACCAGCGCAGCAGCGAGUGGUGGAGGGCGCGACCCAUCAAGCUCCCGGAGCCUGCGUCGACGUUUUUCCCUCCCCAGGCGUGUCACAAGGGGGUGAUGAAUCUGCGCGACCAGUUCGGCGAGUCCGGACUGCAGGUCAUUGUCAAGCUGGCCAAUAUCGAGUUGAGCCCGGAGCAACCGGCCUACGAGGGAGGAUCCUGGCACAUUGAAGGCCAGCUGAACGAGCGUAUCUGCGCCACGGCGAUCUACUACUACGACAGCGAGAACAUCACCGAAAGCCGCCUCGCCUUCCGCCAUCGCGCCCAGUCCAUCGACGACGUCCGCUACGAGCAAGGUCAGCAUAAAUUCAUCCAUGCUGUGUACGGAUUCGGCCCCGAUGUCGACGGUUACAGCUCCGGCCACUUCACGCAGGAUCUGGGCAGCGUGGUCUGCACCGAGGGCCGUCUCGUCACCUUUCCCAACACGGUGCAGCAUCGCGUGGCGCCGUUCGCGCUGGCAGAUCCCACCAAGCCCGGACAUCGCAAGAUCCUGGCCCUGUUCCUGAUUGAUCCCCACCGUCGAGUCAUCUCCACGGCCAAUGUGGCCCCGCAGCAGGCGGAGUGGGCGAAGGAUGGUCAGUCGCAGGGCUUGAUGACCUUGCAAGAAGCUAAAGAGCAUCGCUUGGAGCUGAUGGCGGAGAGAAGUGCUCUGCAGGACAAGCAGAACGGUGCAUUCGAGACAGGCUCAUUUUCUUUGUGUGAGCACUGAAGGAGUGGAAGCAUCGCUUGUUGAUGUAGAU